AAUCCAUAAAGGGAAAUCGAAAAACCUCUAGCAGAUUCAAAAAAAGAAAAACUGAAAUUCAUAUAGAGAGAAGGAGAGAGAGAGAAAGGUGGCUGCCGGGCCGGCUUCAUAUUCCGACGGCUGAGAUUGUCGGCAUAUUCUUCUCUCCGGUGCUGCAUAUUCUUCUCCAGUGAUGCUAUGCUAUUCUGGAAGCAAGAUCAAUAGAAUCGGUAAAAACGCCCGUGAUCGAGAGGCGAAAUUGAGAAAAGAAACAAAUUUGUAUCUUCGUUUCUGAUGUCAAUGUAGGCUCUAUAGGAUCGUUUGUUCAUUUUUUUUCUUCUGUAUAAAAUUAUUUUGCCCUUUUUUGCCGAAUCGAUACACUGGAUACUGCGGGGGAGUGCGUAUAUGAUGCGCUGUGCUGCAUUGAGAACUUAUAUACGGACUUGGCUUCGUGACUAUGUCAGGAUUCAAGGCUUCGCUGUUAUUCUCCUCUAUGUCCAAAUUGGUUGCGCUAUGAUUGGAUCUCUCGGGGCAUUGUACAACGGGGCCUUGCUCGCCAAUCUCGUGAUUGCGUUGUUUGCUUUGGUUGCCAUAGAAAGUAGCAGUCAGAGCCUCGGCAGAACCUAUGCCGCGCUUCUCUUCUGUGCUAUCUUGCUUGAUAUCUCAUGGUUCAUUCUCUUCGCCCACGAAAUUUGGAAUGUUUCAUCUGAGACUUAUGGAGGCUUUGUUAUGUUCUCAGUGAAACUUACUUUGACCAUGCAAAUUAUUGGUUUUUGUGUGAGGUUAUCAUCUUCAUUAUUAUGGAUUCAGAUGUACAGACUUGGUAUUUCUUACUUAGACAAUUCCAUUCCUCAAGAAGCAUAUGCUGAUUUGCGACAUAGUUUUCUCAACCCUGCAACACCUUCUAUAAUUAGACAACCCUCUGGAGCUGAUGAUGUUUUGGGAGGCUCCAUAUAUGACCCUCAAUAUUAUUCAUCUUUGUUUGGGGAUGGUAAAGAUGAGGCAUAUUUAUCUGAGACUAUUCAAAAUCAUGAGAUGGUGGUUGGAUCAACUACUGCCGAAGAAAUCACUCAAGUGAAGCCAUCCAUGAGUAGAUCUGUCCAAAGUAUGGAUGGCCGGGAUGUCACUAGGAAUCUGCUACAUGUCUGAACUGGGAUUUUUUUGGCCGUCCAUCUGGUGAAGUUUGUUCUUUGAUUAUUCUUUUCCUAUAGUGUGACGCUGCAGUUUUACUGGGGUUUUCUGAUUGUUAGCGAGGUUUGUACAGUAACCCAACAAUAGAAUUUUCUUCCGGUAUAAGAUUUGCAAAGAUAUAAUCGCGCCACAUUUAUUAUGUAAAGAUGAAUGUAGGCAUUCCAUCUUAGCUAGGCGAUUUCGAUCUUUUAUCAAGGGACACUUGGACAUUUUUGGAGCUGAAAGUUUGUUAGGAUUUUCUGGGAAUACAAAAUGAAUAGCAAUCUGAGAUUCAAUCUGUUUACAUGCA